AUGUCCUCCUCAUCUCCACCAUACAAUGCCCUCACCCUCUACACGGCAGGAACACCCAAUGGCCUGAAACCGGCCAUGGUUCUCGAGGAACUCGGUCUCAAGUACGAUGUCCGCGCCAUCAACCUCAUGACCAACGAACAAAAGGAACCGUGGUUCCUGGAAAUCAACCCCAAUGGCCGUAUCCCCGCACUGAAGGACGGUGAUUUGAGGGUUUUUGAAAGUGCCACGAUCAUGUUCUAUUUGGUUGAUAUAUACGACAAGGAGAAGCAGUUCACGUACGAGCACGGGAGCGGACUUUACUAUGAGAUGAUGAGCUGGGUGAUGUUCCAAAUGGGCGGCAUAGGGCCGAUGCAAGGGCAAGCGAACCACUUCCGCGCCAUGGCACCGGUAUAUUCGGCCUACGGCAUCAAGCGCUACAUCGACGAAACAAAGCGUCUGUACGGCGUGCUGGAGAUCCGCCUCUCAAAAGCCGACUGGCUGGCGGGCGACAAGUACACGAUCGCCGACAUGGCGAAUUACUCAUGGGUACGCGCGGGGCCGGCGUUCUUGGACAUCGACAUGAGCGAGUUUCCGGGCGUGGACAGGUGGAUGAAGCGCAUUGGCGAGAGGCCUGCGGUGCAGAAGGCGAGAAAGAUCCCCGACACGGGUCGUAGUGACGAGGAUUUGAUCAAGAUGAUUGAAGGCAUGAAGGCUCGUGUGGAUUCCUUGAAAGGCACGGAUAAAGAUGAGCCUUCGAAGAUAUGA